AUGAGUGAUUAUUAUUUUCACAAAUGGAAGCAAGUGCUGAUAGAACUAGAAAAACAUGUUAAACUGGACUUAGAUUAUCAGGAAACGAAAGUACACGAUCAAAAGUGCUGCGAGGCGGUCCAGCGCUUGGAUAGCGUGCUGUCCAAAUACCUAGCACUCUACAACAGUAGUGUGGACUGCUUGCAGCAAAGCCUGCAGGUACAGAAGACUGAGUACAUACAAGAUGUGGUCAAUGCUAUCACUGCUAGAAUAAUGGAAUUAAAGCAUCAACUUCGAAAACUUGAAGGUUAUUAUUAUCAGUACUUUGGCAGUGGAUUAAUUCAACAUGGACUCACCUUUGAUGACGCGGAUCCUAUUGAUGUGCCUUGUAAAAUGACGCGAUCUGAGCGAGUGCAGGCUGUGAUUGAUGAAGUUCUAUUGAAGGCUAAGGAGGAGAAAAAAGUAUGUUUAGAAGAAGCCGCUGAAGAAGAAAAAGUGUCCCCUGAAACGAACUCAUUUUUACGUUUCUGGGAAAGUGAUAAUGAAAGUGAAGAGGUUGAAAAAGAAAUAUCUGAAAUCAUUCCCCAACUUUCCGAAGAAAGUCUCAAACGAAUGGAAAUGAUAAAACUCAUUCAAGCUCACGAACGGUCCCGACAAGUUAUACGAUGGAACACAAGAAGGAAAUUUAAAAGAGAGAAAUGGGAAAAGGAAUUAAAUGAAACAGCAAAACCACAGGCAAGGCUUGAAGUUAAAGAAAGAGCUGCAGCACUUAUAAAAAAAGUAUUAAGAAUAUAUUUCGAAAUAAAAAGACAUCGCGCUAGACAACGUAAACUUGAUGAGAUGAUUGGUAUUAGUCUCUGCAUAAAACCAAAUUAUGAGGAGACAUUAAAAUAUUCAAUGAGGUUACAGGUUACAGAUCAACGCAUUGACAAACAAAAGCAAUACAAAGAAGAAAGAUUAUCUAAAAUUGAAACAAUGAAUAAAACCUACUUGAAACAAAUAGAACAUAAUACUGCAGACGAAUAUAAAGACUUUAUAAGACAAUGGUUUAAGAAAUGGUAUGCAGAAGUAAAGUUUUUCUAUGAUAUACCUAAACAAGAAAUAGGUGGGUCUUCUUUGAUUUUCAAGGAAAUGGUUCCUACCCCAACAGAAUGGCAAAAAGAAUACGAGGCAUAUUUGCAAGAAAAAAAAUCAAAUAAAAAUAAAACAAAUGCUCAGAAAAAGUUCGAAAAACAGGAAGCAAAAAAGGAAGAAAUGAAACUAAAGAAAGAGGAGCAAAGAAAAUUAAAGAUGGAACAAGAACUAAUAAAGAAAAUGAUGAAAAACCCCAAACAACAUCCCGGUUUUCAUUAUCCGAUGUCGAAGAAAACGGAAAAUAUUUUACAGACAAUCAUGAAGUAUAGAAACGAUUGGAAUGAUCUUGAUACUUGGGAAACUGAAGGAUAUAAGGAGGGAUAUGUGCGAGAGAUAGACCAUAACAACGCAUGCAUGAACAUGAAAUUGAAAAUAUUGAAAGCAGUUGAUGAAGAUAUGAGACAAGAGCUCCAGGUUCUGAAAUGCGCUUUGCAAUCAGAAUACAAGAGGAACAAUGAAAAGAUGCCGGAAAAUAUGAAAGUUAAACAAAAGAAAGCAAAGAAACAAAAAGUCGACUCUACAAUAUCUGAGAGCGUACAAGAAAAAAUGCAGGAACUGGCAUCUUCGGGCUAUUUGAAAGAAAAUACAAAUAUGAAAUUGCAAGAUUUUGUAGGGGAUAUUAAUUUUGUAGGAGACAAACUUCGUUGUCUUUUACAGCGUGCAUCCCCUCUCUGUGGUGAAACUCGAUUCCUGUGGUGGGAGAAGUGCGGCGAGCUUGUGUUGGGUGCCCGGAGACUCCUGCUGGUGGGACCUCGUGGCAGCGGAAAGACCACGUUGGUGAACAUACUAUCAUCUGUGAAUAAUGCAGUACUAUUCGAACUGGACCCAGCAAACGUUUCACCAGAUCUCAUAUCACCGGCACAUCUCAGACAAGUUGUCAGCUCAACGGUGACGUGUGCCAGAGCAACGCAGCCCGCUGUUAUACAUCUCAAGUCUCUGCAUCCGCUUUACUGUAAAAAGGUACCACCAGAACAGAACAAACAGAACUUGAAUAUAUUUGCACAAUUUUUUGUGCGAAUGUUGUUGAAGAAAAUACACAAAAAUGAUAUGAUUACAGUUAUAGGUAGUUGUAGUGAUCCUUGGUCGACGAAGACAAACAAACUACUGAAGAACUUUCCAGAUGUCAUCGUGAUGCCGCGGACUACAUACAAUACUGUUUCCUUCAUCUUGAGGAAAUGGAUGACUGACAACCGCGUGGUCCCGCGGGAUCUGAACACGCAGAGCAUAGCACAACUUUUGCAAGAUUAUUCAUUUGGACAUAUCAGAGAUGCACUCAACAGUUUCCUGACACCUGACAAUAUCAUAAAGAUACCUGUAUAUGGCUUGUCACCGCAAGAAGUGCUCGACCACGUCACGAAAAACGAAGAUGAUAAAGUCGACUACAAAAAGUACCAGGAGUGGUACGACGUGAACACGACGUGGGGCAAACGCGAGGUGAACAGACUGCAAAGUGACAGGGAAUUCUUGUUGCUGCAGCAGAAAUUCGUAGAGAAAAUGAAGAAACGAGGAGUCUUAGAGAAACAUCAAGUACCACAAUAGAGGA